CAUGUGGUCCCUGACCAACCGUCUGGAGCCGUGGUCGACACCAGAUUUGGAUUCGACAGGCAGGGUUCCAAAAGGUUAUGUUUCGGCCAGGUGCUGAAACCCUAGAGGAAACCCCUAGAUAGAAUGUUAGGAGCAGAGCAAACCAAGAGGGGACAGACAGUGCAUCAGCCACAUUGGAAUGAUGAGCAGUACAGUGAGCAGAACUCAAGAGCAAGGAUUGCAACCUGGAGAACAGACAGAGAGAAUGCAGGAGCAUUGUACAUACAGAGGUACGGGAUAUUCAUCCCAAUAUUCCCCGACAGAAUGGAGGAUGAUGAACAUUGAGAAUAUCGUUCCAGAGAUGGUAGUAACCAAAAUCCACAGACUCAAAAUGAAGCUGAGAAUGCCAAGCGGGGACUUCAAGGAGGACAGGCUUUCGACAUCAGCACAAUCCACCCCUUGUGGCACCCCUUCCGGGACCCCCUCCGUUACCCCCAGCGUCAGUCCCCACGCCUCACCGAUACUCAACCGCAGGAGCUGGUUCAACAGCCUGAGUCCAGCACCGUUUCUCACCACACCGGAGCUCGGCAGUCCUAACUUCAGCCCAGAAAUGGGAGGCAAUGAGGGAGGAGGAGCAGGAGGGGAGAGGUGGAGCUUCUUUGGAACUUCUCGCCCAGUAGUACAGAAGUCCUCUACUGACCCUGGUUCAGAAACCAACACAGGCUUCACACUACAGUCGUACUUUGGCGUGCCAAAGUCCAACACCAUGGAAGGCAUUAAGACCCAGGUCAACCUCAUGGUGGAUGACCCCGCCAAGUUCAACCCCCCAAGAUCGAGAUCAGCGGCAUCGAGGGCAAGAGACCCCCCCAGACUCGCCCACACAAACUCAAACCCCGGGACAUGAACGUCCUGACACCGUCAGGAUUCUGAUACCCCCAGGAGCCCCUUCUCCUGAAUUCUACCGACCCUCGCCCCCCGUCGCCCCCUGUCGGCCAGUAGCUGGUCUACUACCCUCCUCUGUCUUCUCGGCCUCUAUGGAAGCCCUGAGACGGAGAAAAUGGAGAAGCUACAGAACUUUCCCCCUAUUCCCUAAACCUUACUGUUCUACCUGACCCUAUUCCUGCUGAUGGUGAACCUACUAUAGACAUCUCCCUCUUUAGGGCCAACCCUCCUUGGUCCAAUUAAAGCACCAAAUGGAGUAUUUCCAACCACCUCGCCUCAAGAGGGUCACUUCUUCAGUUUCUGGGUGCUUUGGCAUAUGGUGCCCGGUUGCCAUUGUCGUCUGCGAUGUCAUGAGGUUGAAAUGGUGGUUUUGAUGUCUCAUGAGUCACUGAAUCAGUACCUGGGCUUGAGGAGACCGUGAUGUCUCAUGAGUCACUGAACCAGUACCUGGGCUUGAGGAGACCCUGAAUAUGACGAGAUCUUCUCUGACGCUCAGGAUCCUUCAAGUCAAAGUCCCAUUAACCGGCUCUGCAAAUGUUAUGUCAAAAUACAUUCUGUACUCACCACAAUAUGGCGUUUCGCAGAGCAACUAUCGUCGUUACUGCCGUUACGCAUGGCGUUUACCUCCUAAAAAUGUGUUUCGGGAUACUGUACUGCUGCUGGAUCAGCCGACCUGUGUGUGGCAGUAAUGAGUCAUUGGAUUUGGCGCAUGCGCAUUUGGUCAAAAACUAUUAUUUUUUACCUUUUUUGAAAGUACAUACUGUGCGUAACGGAAGGAUGGAGAUAGUUGCUCUGUGAAACGUGAUAUUGUGGUGAGUACUGAAUGUAUUUUGACAUAACAUUUGCAGAGCCAGUUAAUGGGACUUUGAAUUGAAGGAUCCCGGGCGUCAGAGGAGAUGUUGUCAUAUUGUCUCCUUAAGCAGAGGUACUGGUUCAAUCAGUUCCCUGCUCUGACUGACAAAAACCGCCAUGGUUCAUUAUAUUGAACUCCCUCUCGCUAAAAGCACUACAGCCCCCAGCCAAUGCAAUUUCACUCUAGACUCCAUCACCUCUGACAGUCUUAUGCUUUUGUAGUUUGAUAGUUUUGUAUAGUUAUUUUGGGGGGGGAGCAGUGAGUGUGGUAUUACUGAUGUUGUGCCUAAGCUUGCUUCUGACGUCUGCCAUAUCAGUUGACUUUUUAUUUGACAGUCUUAGUACUAUUACUUAAGUUAGUUAUUGGAUGAGAGCGUGGCUACUGCUAACCUGGAAUUUAAAAAAAUAAAUAAUAAAAAUCCAGAUAUUAUGUUAUUGCUAUUAAAUGGUGUGUUAUGAUAUUUCCAUAUACAAGUCUGUAAUGCUUUAAGAAUAUAUUGAUAUGAAGGCCUAUGCAUUGAAGUAGUCAUUUGAAAUGUGUUUUUUAUAUUAACUAUUACUUUAGAAUCAAUGCUGUUUUUGCAAGAUGUUUAUGAAUUCCAAUAGUUCGUUGCACAAGGGAUCGCUUUUCCCACUGAAUUCAGCUGUAAAUAAACUCAACACAAACGAAAUGAC